AAGGCAAGCGCGCAGAGAGUGCUUCGACGCUUUUUCGGUCUUUUUGCCUUCCAUCUAUCCUCCCCGACCACCGCUAUGGCGUCCCUGUUGUCGAUCUGCCUCGUUCUGGGCCUCGCCUCCGCGAGCGCGUUCGUGCCUCCUCCCACCAAGCCUGUCUUUCGCCACACGGCACUCACGGCAUCCAACGAGGGACAGGUGAGAGACACCAGCAGCGGGGGGGAGAACACAUGCUGUCUGCAUCUUGUCUCUGUGUGUGCCAGGUUCGCCGCGAGCACCUGCUGGACAAGACUGCUGGCCUGUCAGCUGUGUUGGGUCUGCUGACCCUGGCUGGCAACGCGGGGGAGGCCCUGGCUGUGCGCGACUACGAAGGCGUCCCGUAUCUGGGUAAGAGCCACCACCCACACAAGGCGCCUCAGCGCUUGUCUGUGCGCAGGUGGUUCUGACAAGAUCGAUAUCAAUAACGUCAACAUCAGGACCUACAGCCAGCUGCGUGGCGUGUACCCCACACUGGCAUCAAAGAUCGUCAAGAACGGGCCGUACAACAAGGUGGACGAGCUCUACCAGAUCAAGGACCUCACGCGUAAGCACGCAAGCACACAGGCAGCGAGCGCAUUGUGCACGUGUUGCAUGGCUGUGCCCUCCAUCAUGCUGCCUCCAUCCCCCCUUGUGUGUGUGAGUCAGCGCGUGACAAGGAGCUGCUGAACAAGUACAGCAAGUACUUCACUGCGAUGCCGCCGCGCGAGGAAUAUACCGUCGACAGGAUCAACGACGGCAUGUACGCCGGUACGCAACGCAUCACACACACACACACACGGCCCGAAAGAGGACGAUCUGUACCGUGCUCACCUCUCGUGUGUGUCUGUGUGACACGCAGGCACGUCAAAGUACAUCGACUAGAGCCACUCACAGUCGAGAGCAGACAGAUGAGAGCGUAGCGGUCGUAGAGAGGAGAGGAGAGCCCAUCAAUGGCAUUUUUCCGUCACCGGCUGGCCUGGCCUGACGUGGCAUGAGCUGACACACUUUCGGAUGCACAGAUUUUUCGCGUCGGAGGG